AGAGUUGCAUUCAGCCAUCGUCGCACAUUGUGAAGCCCACCGUCCACUGACAGCAUGGCUAGUAGGCACCCAUGGCUGCACGCGUCUAUCCGCGAGCCUUCUUAGCUGAGUUGUUCCGCGGACAGUUGUGGCGUCCCAUUUCGCAAGCUAAAGCUCCGAGCAGCGCGUAUCGCCGAAAGAGGGUUUGUGACACAACCCUGAGGGAAAAACACUAUCACUAGUCCGAAAUAACCACUAUCAAUCUCUCUUCAACCAUGGCGCUUUACGAGUCCUAUAGUCGGCGAUUUAAGCUGCCAACGAGAGGCGGUGGUCCACUCACGCAUUCCCCUGACGCCAGGAUUCUCACAAUCGUGGACGUGACUAUGACGACAGAAAGGCCGAGAGCGACAAUCUGGCUCCAGAUAAGCGAAUCUCCCUCUAUUUCGAGCAGUUCGGCUGCGAAAGCUAUCCUUAUCUUCGGAAGAGGCACCUAGCGACGCUUAUCAAGGCACCGAUUCGAGGCACUCUCCAAGACUGGCUAGCUAACAGUGAUAAAUUCGCGGGGAAAUGGGCAUACGAUUCGGAAAAUAACGUAAUAAGGGUGUUUCACGGAGAUGUUAAUAGUGAGGGCUGUAGUGCACAUGCUGAUAGCAGGGAUGGUAAUGGAGUUACUAAUAGCGGGGACAACGGUGAGGCUCUUUCAGGGUCGAAUAACAUCGACGGUGGGGAUGUUAGCAGGGAAGGUAUCGACGGUCCACGAGAGGUCAGAUUGCUAGACUCAAUCCGAGAGCCCCUGACUGAGGCUCUCGAUCUGGUUCAUGCGAAAUUGGAACGACGUGCUAUGACAGUGCAGAGUGCGCAUGAUGGGACAAGGAGGGUUAGGCUCCUGGUUCGACUAGGCAAGCUGCUUUUCUCGGCCCAGGGCAGGUAUAUGUAAAGUAUGUGUAUUGAAUUUGCUUGCAUCCUGAGGCGCUGAAUGGUUUCCGGUCUGUAUCAUACGUUGCCAGGAACAAAAUUAAGUGCCCGGAAUGUGAUUGCAUCUCUUCUCCACGCCUUUCUUGAUAAGUCUUAAUCAGCCAAAUCCGGCUAAUUUUCUGCCAGGACCCGCCUACUCAAGGUUCCGCCAUUUUCUGCUCAACGCCUGGAGGAUUAUAUGAACGGCAAUGAGGACAGUGAGCAGCAGCGGUUGAAGCUGCCCCUUCACAGAGUGUUUGAGACGCACGUCCCUGACAGUGUCUGCAGCAGACUGGAAGGCAUUGUGCUGGAAAACGCUGAAGUAGCUUUCGAAGAGAGCGAGAAAUAUGACAUUCAGGUGGUUGAUACCUGGUCCCGCACUAUCUACAGGGCAGCUUGUAAAUAUGUUGCUGAUGAAAAGCGCUUCAUCAUAAAAAAGGUGAAGAAGUUUCCAGUUCGCUAUGGAGUCAUUGAAAUCGCACGGCCAGGAAACGCCCUCGAUGUUCGCUUAAUCCUGACCAUUGAGACACGCUUGACUACCCUGGACGAUCCACUGGGUGCUGCAUUCAGCAAGGUCCUGCAUUCAGCACAGAUUGACCCACAGAGCCCAGGUGGGGUGCGCAUUCCAGAGGACAUGAUUGAAGGUCGCAGGGGUUUUGAUGUUGCUGCCAGGGAAUCAGACACUUCAAGCACUGCUUCGGAGGGUAGCAGUGGGAUUCGCAGUAGUACUUACAAUGAUGUCAGCAGCGGGGUCUCUGAUGUCAGCAGCGGAAUUUCUGGCAUGGGUAGCAGGUUCUCAAUAGCAUCCAAUAGCAGCUUGAAUUCCACUGGUGGGAGUAGCUGCAGUGAAGGCAGCGGCAGGUUCCAAGUGCGAGCGGCCAGGCAUUUGACUGUGAGACGGGUGGUGGCAGAAGGGAGGGUGUGGAAGUUUUCUCGUGUUGAUGGAAUUGAGUACAAGCAGGGAGCCGGAAGAAAGACGAAUAUGGUUGAAGUAUUCCCGGCAGCAUGGCAGCAGCAGCUCAAGGGUGACAGUAGGGGGCGAGAGCGCUCAAAGGAACAGCAGCCCCCCACGUGGAGCUCGGAGCAGAUCAUUGGGGAGUGCCCUGGGCUGCUGGCGUGGCUGAGUGUGAACCUGCCAUGACUGGGUGUGCGUGGUGGUAAUGCGUGGGGCUACAGCCUAUAGAGAAAGAGUGCAUCAGGGAGCUGCAGUCCCCACCACCCAUAUGGAGCUCAGAGCAGAUCGUGGGGAAGUGCUCUGGGCUGCUGGCGUGGCUGGCUGAGAAUCUGCCAUGAGAGGGUAUGUGGUGGUAGGUACUACCUAGUAUGAAUGCAUGAUGCUACAGAGAGCAAGUGCGCAGAAGGCAGGGAGCUGCAGCCCUCCACGUGAGCAGAUCAUGGGGGAGUGUCCUGGGCUGCAGGCAGGCAUGGCUGGCUCACAGGACCUGUCAUAAACAAUCCUGUCAGUACUGUUGUAUAUAAUCUCACAUUCGCCUUGUGCAUGGUACAACAG